CAUCUACUGCACUCUUCGGCUAACGUUAGCUAGUUUAACUCUUGCUUAUAAAUGGAUGCAUUUGUCAGUUGCACACUCUCUGUUCGAUGUCGACGAUAACAUUUCGGUUUCCGGACGGCUAGAAUCGGACUUUUAUCACUAUUUUAUCAUGUAGUCGCAGUGGGUCUUUGUUGCCAGCUGCUGAAAGACUCCACUAACCGUCAGCCCUCGGCUCGUCUUGUGAAGUCACGCGGCAGCCUCAUUCUGCUACAGUGAGCGAGGAGCUGGGUCGCUGGCUGCGCUGUGCUACAGUUGACAAAUGGCUCGUACUUCACUGCACUCGAACAACAAAGAGGGGAAUGUUUUGUGAGUUACUGCUGAAACUGCGUGUUAGCCUGCGCUCACCAAGUUCACCAUGAUGUCCAUGACUUUUGGGGUGUCAAGCAGCGUGACGCUGCUGUUUGACUUCUGGGAUGUGCACGGACCCGCUGGGAUGGUGCUGUCAGUGUUUGUGGUCUUGCUGCUGACAGUCUUCUACGAGGUGCUCAAGGUGUGGCGGGUGUGGCUGGGGAGUAGCUCUAAGCUGGCCCAGCCUCAGUCUGCUUACGCCGUCCCUCCGUCCUCCCGCAGCGACAGCAGCUCCGCACUGGACAGCAGCCCCUCUGAAUCCUCACUGACUCCCAUACAGUCACAGCCUCCCGCUGUACACACCAGAAACAGCUGGUUGCUGCAUGGCAUCCAGACACUCCUCCACAUGCUGCAGGUCACUCUGGGCUACAUGCUGAUGCUGUGUGUCAUGUCCUACAACACCUGGAUCUUCCUCGGGGUCAUUGUGGGCUCUGUCCUUGGUUAUUUCAUCUCAUUUCCUCUCCUGGGUCGGAUCUGAUGGUAUGGACAUUUCAGACAGAGGACAAUGUUUUUGCUUUUCCCCCUUGAGUUAAAAGGAUCACACUCUCUGGAUAAUAGAAAAGAAACUACUUGAAUACCUAAUUUCUCUCACCAUUUUCUGUCUCUCUUUGGUUUCUGGCCUCGGGACUCAGUUAACUUUAAAACACUUUAACUGGACAUACACAUUUAUAACAUUUGUCUUUGACCAUUGGGACAGUGUGUAUGGUUUUAUGAUGAAUGUUUUGGUUCUUUUGUGUUAAAGGGACAUGGUUUUCUGUUUCUGGAGCGUGGUCUUGCUUAUCUUCUCAAACAUCAAACAGUGAGUGAGUAAUGUAUGGGAGCGACUGCUGCUUCCUUAAACUCUUCUCUUUUUGUUCAUUUAUCCUAAAAGUUUACAAUAGAUUCAAAGGAGCAAUGCAUUUGAAACAUCUGCCGCAGAAGCCCUGCUGCUUCUGUAAUUUUUGUUUUUCUGAUCAACACUGACAGACUGGCAGAGCCACAACACAGCCCACUGUUUAUUACUAAAUAAUUCAAGAUGGUAUGACACUGGAUGAAAAAAUUAGAAAAUCGGUGAGAAAAGGAGAUCUCUGACAACGUUGAUAAGACAGUGCUUUGGUGUUUUCGACGGCUUAAAGAUCAACAUUUUGUGAGUGGAACCAACAUAUUUCAACCAUUUCUAUGGCUUUUGCAGUGUUUUGGAGUGAAAACCUAAAAACAGACUCACGCAUGGAACUGAGAUUUACCUUUAUGACUGGUCAUAAGACGUGACUCAGAUUCAGGAAGUGAAUCAUGUGUUUGGACCUUGUAAACUUCUCUCCUUUGUCAUGUGGGUUCACACACGUAUGUUUUGGGGGGGCAGUGAAAGUUGAUCAUAAGAGUUCUGUGAUUGAAAAACCACAAAAAGACAGUUUGAGUGCCUUGCAACUGACACUUUGAUUUUUCUACUGAAAUGUGGGAUGGUCUAUUGUAUUUCUGAAAGUGAUGCUGACAAUAGAAACAUAUUCUGCUAUGUUGAUCACUGAUGGUUUUCUGUCACAAUAAAAAUGUCCAAGAACUUGGUUGACAAAGAUGAAGAAUAAAGUUGAUGAAAUAGUUUUAUUCAUCCUUUUUUUUUAUGUAUUUCAAGAAGACAAAUGCACUAAACAUACAAGUUGAGCUGCUUACACCAAACAGGUUUUAUAAUAAAUAAACAGGUGAUGGUGACAGACAGUGAUCCUCCAUUGGAAGUACUGGGUCUUAGGUAUGGAUCUAAAGACAGCAAACUGAAAAUGCGCUUUGAUACAAUGGACAAUUUCACAACAGGACACUGACUCAUGAAAUCGGGAUUGCAAAAAUUGCAACUGUCUUCUCUGUAUCUGACAUUAGAUUGUAUCCUGGUCUGAUGGUACAAAAGUGAAACUAAUUCACCCAUAAAAAGUGAGUGGUGCCAAAAAGUGGUAACACUUUUACUUUACAGGUCUCAAAGUUUCAGAUAAUGUCCCAGGAAGAAGCUGAUUUGUAACUGCAGAGGACUGUAACAUGGUACUAAUUCUAAUAAAAAUGUAGAUGUAAAAUUAUAUGCUUGCAUUUAAUUUACUUAAAUAUUUAAUCUCUCUCUGCAUGCUUUAAUUUUACUUAUUUAAUUUUACUUCUGGUAUGUCUGUGUGCUAUGUCCCUUUGUCAAGGAAGAGGGAUCCCUUCUCUGUUGCUUUUCCUGAGGUUUCUGCUUUUAUUUUUCUAUUUUGCCAUAAUAGAAUUGAGGGUAACCUUCAGAGUGUUGCUUAGUGCGUGACAGGUCAGCUGAACAUGCAAAAAUGUGAAGUUUGUCAACCACAAAGCAUAAAAUGCAACAUGUAUGUAAAAUCAGUGUAAUUUCCCCAUAAUCCCAUAUUGAAUUCAAUAGUUCAGGAAGUUUCUGAGAAGAAACUAUACGGAAAUUAUGCACCUCUGUAUUAUAAUAAAAUACAACAACAUUUACAAUUUAUUAAACC